AUGCUGCUGAAGCUCUUGCUGUUGCUCUGUGGUCAGCCCUGUGAACCAACAGCGCUGCUUUUGACAGUCAGCCCUCCUCGGCCCAUAGAGGGGAACUCAAUGACCCUGACCUGUAAGACCCAACUCCCAACACAGACGUUAGAUGUCCUGCUCCAGUUCUUCUUCUUCAAAGAUGGCUCUGCCCUGGGGCUGAGCUGGAACAACUCCUCGGAGCUCCAGAUCACCGCCCUGAAGAGGAAAGAUUCAGGGUCCUACUGGUGUGAAGCUCAGGCAGAGGGACUUAAAGUCAUACGGAGCAGGAGAAUCCAGAUAGAUGUGCGGGGAGUCCCUGUCUACAAUGUGAGCUUGGCGACACAGCCCCGGGGCCAUGUGAUGGAGGGAGAGAAGCUGGCUCUUGUCUGCAUGGCCGCGGGGGGGACAGGAGAGAUCACCUUCCAGUGGUACCGAGGGGCCCUGGGGUCAAACCUGGGAGCCAAGACCCAGCACUCCCUGACGGCGGAGUUUGAGAUUCCUGCGGUGAGCGAACAGGACGCUGAGGCCUAUUACUGCGCAGACAACGGCUACGGCCCCAGCCUCAGUGGGCUCGUGAGCAUCGCUGUCAGAAUUUACUCGAGGAUGUCCUCUGGGAGCAGCUCAGCCCCCUUCGGAGGAGGAGCCUUGAACCUCUCUCUGACCUCAGAACAUCGUGGGAACUACUCCUGUGAGGCCGACAAUGGCCAGCGAGCCCAGCGCAGUGAGGCGGUGCCCCUCUACGUCACAGGAAGACGUCCAGCCAAGGACCCACCCAGGAGCCCUCCCAGCCCUCCACCCCGAGAAUUCACCUACGUGAACGCAACGGCUCCAGUGCAGCAGCAGCCGACAUAUGGAAACGUGAACGUUGUCAGUGGAGGUGAGGUUUACUCCCUGGUGUACCAUAUGCAACAGGAGCGGCGAUCAGCGCCAGUACCACCCCCGAGGACACAGACGCAGGAUAAGGACCCCUCAGCCAUCUACUCUGGAGUGAAAACCGCAAGCAGUUCAGAUGAUGACUACGAGGAUGCUAUUUAA